AUGUCUGCCACGGGUGCUGGUGCCAGUGCACCGUCUGCUGCUGCUAGUCGCCCCAUCGACUACUCCAAGUGGGACCAUGUGGGCGAUAGCAGCGAUGAGGAGGAACGAGAGAGCGCGAGUGAUGAGGAGGAGAGGGAGUGCGGGAGUGACGAGGAGGGGAGGGAGUGCGGGAGUGAUAAGGAGGGGAGGGAGUGCGGGAGUGAUGAGGAGGAGAAUGAGAGUGAAAGCGAUGAGGAGGAGAGGGAGUGUAGCAGCGACAAGGAGGAUGCUGGGGAGGGAGAAGAAGGGGAAUUGGAGAAAGUGGGCAGGCGGGGCGCGACGGGGCGCUAA